GAAGGAUUCGUCGCGCUUAAAUAAGCUUCGUACGACUUAGUCCUCAUUUACGUGACAGAAGGCAGUGCUUCACACCGAGGGAUUGCGAAUAUCACGGCCCAUAAAGAAUCAAUUAUAUUCUAUAUAUUGGGGCAUAAAAAAUGAAGUGAUCUGAUAUGUGACAUAUCGGGCACCCGGAUCAUACCCGGUACCCGAUAUCUGUGGUAUCAGGUCGUUUUUGCGCUGAUAUGUGACAUAUCAGGUCAGCUUCUUUGUGGGGUCACAAUAUAUGGAAUAUAACUUAUUCUUUAUGGGCCGUGUUAUGUGUGAUCCCCCGGUGUGCUUACUACGAUUCCGAGCUUCAAAAACCCAAUGCUACAAUCUAGGACCCUAUCGAUACACUUACACAAGACAAUGCAAACACAGGAGAUAAAGAAACACGUGCGCUGGCUGUCACGUGAACGCCAACGCGCCCCAAGCGGCGACGGCACCCACUGCGCCAAUGACCAUCGUCUUUGCGGCUGCACUGAGCGCCAGGGACCUUCCCUGCGGAACGGGGACGAGCGCGUGCAUCUUCGUUUCGAUCUGGUUCAACAGAACGUCGACGGCCGAAUCGGUCCGCCCGACCACGACGAUAGUGUCGGCGUGGUCCAGUGGCAUGGUGCGCGUGCAUAAUCCGUGGAAGGUUGCCGCUGCAAUGAUGACCGGGACGUCCGGGGUGGAGAUUACAUAGAUGGUUGCUUUCGUGAGGGAUGAGAGCGAUGCGAUGAAGGAGUCGUGCUCGGCGUGUGUGAGUGUGCGCGUCAAAGGCCGAGGGCACGACGAGGUUAGAUUGCACUCCGUCAAAGUGGGAGAUGACGGUGCAAGAAGUUCUUCCGCGUCGUCUGUAGGGGUCAUCGCGCGAGGAGUGGCGCUCCCAACCGUAGCCAUGUCCGAGACUUGCGACAACACAGGCUCGUCAAUCUCGUUCUUGAAGAGCGAGAUCUGGGAGCACACGAAGCUGGACGAAGGAGAAAGCAGCGUCCCAGGCAUCUUGGUGAAAGGCCGCCUUGUCACCAGAGUCUCGACUUCUACCUCGGAUCCCACCGCCGAGGGCGAGAGAUUCAAUGACUGAAGCGCGUCUGAGACGAGACGUGUGGGCGAGUCAAAGAAGGAUUCGCCGGCGGGCGAUUCUGAGUCAACGAAAGGGCAGCCUUCGCGUGGAUGCCCUUUGCGUGGACGUUUGCAUUGGCUACAGACGCGGGGCUUGCUUGGCGUUGAGGCUUUCUCAGGAGUCGGUAGAGGUGAUUUGGCCGAGUUUCGCGUGGUGCGUAGACUGAUUGGAGAAGAGCGAAGAACAGGUGCCAUGAGAGAGCAGUUACGGCGGGCCAGAUAGUUCUGAUUGGCGGUUUCGUGGGCCGGUCAGCUGAUCCGAUCAUCGGGCCAGCAUUGUGCUCCUGUACUCAGUUGAUCAUGUUCAUUCAGCGUUUUCGGACCGCAGGAUCCCCGGACCCGCGCGCUCACUCGUUCGCUUGCAAGUAUUGCCUAUCCAAUUCACAUCGGUACCACUCUUUCCACGCUCCGGUGACAAGUAUGAGGCGUUCCUUCGAACCAGGUCCAUGGACUUGGACCUCGCAGCUGCCAUCCAUAUGCAGAGCCACGCGUGGAUUGGGUCUCUUCCUUGUGCGUCACCCCACUUCGUCGCGACCUUUCCCACCUGAACUCCAUCUUUUGUUCGGCUUCUUUCCACCCAUUGCCGCCUGCCCGCAAUACGCAAUACGCGUUUUUGCUGACGUGCCUGCCUGCGGAGGUCCUCUUCAAUCUUCCCAUGCUGUAUCACAUUCAUCGAGGCAUCACACCCUGUCAACUUCAAUCCGUGUUGCAUUCUGGCGCUCAGCAGCGACUCGCAUGUCUACCCCCGCUUCGUCCCUCUUGCGUCCUGGCUGUAGUCGGGGCUGUGUGCUGCAAGAAUGUGCUCUCGCUAACGUAAGAAAAUGAUAAUCAAGCGCUUGUCACCACCAUUCUUCUUUUCACUCGCGACUCUGCUUGGCCCGCGAUGUCUUAUCUGAAGACUUGGCUUCCAUCCCGAUCUUCGUAAUGGGGCACUAUCGACUUGGCUUGCUCUGAUGCUGGUGCUUUUCUCCCAGAGAAUCAACUCUGCCGCUCGAGGAGUCAUCCGCUCAGUUAGCAACUUUGAACUCUUGCGACUUAUACUGCGAUUAUGAUUAUGCAUCAAAACGACGUGCUGUUGUAGGAAUCACGGGUAUCGCUCCUGCAUAAAUGCCUCGUAUUCGCCACAUGUCAAUGUCAAACCGCCUCUGCGGUUCAGAUGUCAUCAAUGAUUCUGUGGAUCUCGACCGUUUUUUAACCUCUGAUUCUCACUGGAGGACCAUAUGGCUGGGAGCGCUCGUUCUCAGAUGGCUAAACGGGAUAAAAGCGGGGUGCUAUCUCUCUUGAUAAACCGUCGAGAAGUCCCCCCCGGUCUUUCUUACAGGCAAGCAUGUCGACUUUCAUUGACUCUGCUGAACGGCCAGCCCCUUCCUCCAUCUCCACGCCCUCUGUUCACUCCAGCGAGGAUUCCAAAGACUUGAAGGACGGCGGUAUCACCGAUGUUGUCGUCGCCGAGCUAGGAAAGAUCGAAAAAAAGGAUCUUGAUCUUCCAGCCAAGAAGGGAGCCUCCAGCCUCACUCGCUGGCUUCAUUAUACCGCGUUUACGUACUACCGCAAGACGUUCGCCACGAUAUUCAUCGCGAACAUGGCGGCAUUCAUAGGUUUCAUGGUCCGCAAGGAUGGCCGGCCACUUGCUCCCGACGUGGGUAGCGCUGCCUCUGUCAAUCUCAUGGUCACGCUGCUCUUCCGCCAAGAGAACUUUGUGAAUCUUCUGUACGAGAUCGCUGUCGCUUGCCCUCACAGUGCCCCUCUCUGGCUCCGCAGCCGGCUCGCAAAGGUUUUCCACUACGGCGGGGGCCACAGCGGCUCGGGCACUGCGGCUGUCGUGUGGUACGCGCUCUACACGGGGCUGACGACCAAGGACUACCUGGCGCGGCCAUCCAACUGGGGAUUGGCGAAUGUGAUCACCUCGUACAUCCUGAUCACCAUGUUUGUCUGUAUCCUGGCGGCGGCCCAUCCGAUUCUCCGGCGCCGGUAUCACGACCACUUCGAGGCAGUGCAUCGUUAUUCUGGCUGGGUUGCGUUGAUGACCUUCUGGAUGCACAGCUUCUUUGCUGGCAACCAGUACCGCGCCUACAUGGAAUCACCGCCGUCGCUCGGACGCUACAUCAUCAACACACCCAACUUCUGGACGUUGUGCGUCUCGACAAGCUGCUCGCUUCUCUCUUGGGGCCGUCUGCGCCACAUCAAGGUGUACCCUGAAGUGCUCUCGAGCCACGCCACGCGUUUGCAUUUUAAGUACCGCGACAUGCAGCCGUUCUACGGCCUGAAGAUCUCGACGAAACCCCUCCUCGAGUGGCACGCCUUCGCAACCAUCCCUGACGACGACGGAACGACAUCCAAGGGCUUCUCCGUCGUCGUGUCGAACGCCGGCGACUGGACCAGCGAGAUGAUCCGCAACCCGCCCGAGAAGCUCUGGGUCCGCGGCGCACCCAUGCACGGGCUCCUCUACACAUCCAACCUGUUCAAGAAGAUCGUCGUCGUCGCUACGGGGUCCGGCAUCGGGCCGUGCCUCUCGCUGUUCUACGCCAACGUGACCCCGCGCCGCAUCUUCUGGUCGACACCCGCCCCGCUCGUCACUUAUGGCGAGGGCGUCGUCGGCGCGGUCAAGAAGGCUGAUCCUAACGCGUGGAUCUGGGACACGCGCACGGAGGGCCGGCCAGACAUGGUCGCGGUCACUUACCAACUCGUCGUCGAGGCCCAGGCCGAAGCCGUCUUCAUCAUAUCGAACCCCAAGCUCACUCAGCGCGUCGUGUAUGCUAUGGAAAGCAGGGGGAUCGCCGCUUAUGGCGCCAUCUUCGAUUCUUGA